AACUAUUGUGAUUUUGUCGAAAAUAUUUAAUCUUCACAAAUGUUCAGUGUACAAGAUAAUAUGUAGCGAAUCCCCCCCCCCCUGGUUAUAGUUUAAUUACUUCCUAAAAUUCGUAGAAUUUUGACAUGAACCUAAAGAAAAAGAAAAGUGCAAUGGAUAUAAGGAUUAAAGUGUUUCUAUCGAAAGGAAGACGAAAUUAGGUUUAUUACUGAAGUUGGCUGUCAUUGAUAGUUUUUUUAGUUCACUUUGGAAUCAAGAGAAUGUCUACAGAAAUGAAUACUUCGGCAGAGAAUAUUUCGGCGGAGAACACUUCAUUGUUGAGGUCGACCAACAUUGGUGGUAAUAUCUAUCGUGUGUACAGAAAACGAUGGUUUGUCCUUUUAGUCGUGACGUUGAUCAAUUUCUCAAAUGGAAUUCUUUGGAUUACUUUUGCUCCAGUGGCUGAUAAAGCCGGAACGUACUUUGAUGUUUCAACAUCAAUAAUUAACUGGUUGUCUUUGGUUUUUCCUUGUGCUGCACUUAUAUGUUCAAUUAUAUCUGCCUGGUUUAUUGAUACUUAUGGUUUGAGGGCAGGGAUUCUUUUUGCCGCAUGGCUGAAUGGUCUUGGUGGUGUUGUUCGUGUGGUUAGCACAUUGCCACAUGUUGGAAAAGCGAAUCGUAUUGUUGUUGUUUUGCUUGGUCAAAGUUUGGCAGCUGUUGCACAGACAUUGCUUCUACCAUUGCCACCAAAGCUUGCUGCGUUAUGGUUUGGUGACUCUCAGAGAGUUUUUGCUAACAUGAUCACCUCCACAUCCAACACAGUUGGAAUACUAGUUGCAAAUAUCUUAUCGCCAACAAUUGUGAAAAUGCCUAGAGAUAUACAAAUUAUGUUAACAGUAUUUGCUGCUCCAGGCGUGCUUGGAACAAUUCUUGCCACAUGUGGGAUAACUAGUUCCAGGCCUCCAACACCACCUUCACUAUCUGCAUCCGAACCAAGCGAGACAUUUUUAUCCGGUCUGACAAAGGCUAUGAAAAGUAAAUCAUUUCUCGUGUUGAUGGUUUGUUUUGGUUCAGGAAUCGGAAUGUUUAGUGCAUUCACAACUCUUCUUGAACAAAUCAUUUGUGUCCAUCAUUAUUCAGAUACAGAGGCUGGUUAUAUGACAGCACUUGCUAUUGGUUUUGGCUUCAUUGGUGCUGGUAUCGCCAGUUUAUAUGUGGACAAAACAAAGCAAUUUGAAAUGACAGCUAAAAUCUGUUUUACUUUUGCUACUUUGUUUGUCAUUUUAUUUGGUUUGACUUCAUUAUAUGAGGGUGAAUUAAUAUUGAUUAGUUUUUCUGUCUCUGGUUUUGGAUUUUUUGCUUUGGCUUUGCUUCCUGUUUGUCUGGAGUUGGGAGUGGAAUGCACAUAUCCUGUGGCUGAGGCGACAAGUGCAUCUUUGUUGUGGUUAUUUGGGCAAGUAGCAAUGAUUUUGAUAGUUCUCGUUGCUGAAGCCCUCGGUACGGAUAUUCCAACUGAGAAAUCGAAAAAUCUACCUUGCCAGUCAGGCAAUCUAGAUCUCACUCAUGCAACAUAUUUCAUGGCUAUUUACACCGUCGUCAUUUCACUUGUUUUCGUAUUAUUCUUUCGGCCAAAACUUCAACGUUUACAAGCAGAACGGCAAGAAAGACAUGUAGAACCUAACCAACCUUGUAACUGAGCAGUAUCAUGAAAACGAAGUCUGUGAUUUCACACAUAAAAGGGAUUUUCUGGAUAAAUUUCUUUCUUAAAGGUAUAAAUUAUAAAAGUGAUUCGUUAGUCUCAACAUCUAGCUACGCCCCUCAAUUUUACUGCUUUUAGAUUUUUAAAUGCUUUCUUAUGAAACGCUUUUGUUUUUAUGCACACUAUUGAUGAAGAAAUGUCGCCUUUAAAAGCUAAAAAAACACAAAUGGCUGUUGAUGUAAAUAUAUAUUUUAUUUUAAUACUCGGCAAUCCAUAAAUUUAUUUCCUAAUAAUUAUACGCGUUGGAUAAUUAUAUUUUAAAAAUAAUUGAAGUAUUACAUAAUCUAUAAUAACUAACAAUUAAAAUAACAUGACUAUACCAUAAUAUUUUAUACUAUAAGAUUUGUUGUAUUAUUGGUAGAUUCUACAAUAUAAUAUUUGUGACCAGGGGUAAAGUUCUCAUGAGCAACCCGUUUA